AUGACGUCUAGAAGGUCUCUAGGAGGAGGGCGUAUCCUCGGAAACGGCAGGUCUAUUUCGCCCGCUGUUGCGCCUUCCUCCCCUCUACUCAAGCCUCAACACCAGCGGAAUGUCAGCUUGCUGUCACCCUCGGAGAGCUCUGUCUCGCUCAGCUCCCAGCCCUCUACCUCGCCCGCGUCGACCGUAGACACGCAAGACAUAAGCUCAAAUGUUGCGCUGGACCAUCCGGACAAUGCGGCGGCGGCCUCCGCCAGCUCGAAGCUGAUGACCCUUCUACAACUGAACAGACACCUUGACGACCUCCAUCAGAACCUCGAAGAAGUCGAGCAAGAUGAGGUCAAGACGUGGUUCAAAGCCCAAAUGACCAAAGCAAAGAAAUUCCAACCCCUCGCAGUCCUCAACCAGAAGCUCAAAGGCUUAGACGUCUUCGAGUCAAACGACCCCCCCGCGCCUCCGGUAGCCUCCAACCCCGGCAGCGGCACCUCGACGCCUGAACCCCGACGACCAGACCCGGAUGAAGUCGUGACACGAGCGCACUGGCAGAAGCCUACAUCCUCCGUCUUCGGCGACGCCGUGGACACCUGCUCCGAACCCACCUGCGGAAGACGAUUAGGCGUCACGAACGGGACCGUGAACUGUCGAAAGUGCGGAAAGCUCUUCUGCGAGGAUCAUACAAUGUACCAGAUGAAGCUCUCGCGGUCAGCACAACACGAGCCGGUCCGCGGGUUCUGGUGUCGGGUCUGCGAAACGUGCUACAAGUCGCGGGACGGCUACAAUGACCACGGCGGUUUCACGCGCGAUCAUACGGAGGAGUUUGUGGCGCUGCGGAGGAAAAGAGUGGAUAAGGCGUAUCUGGAAGUUGGCCGGCUGGAGGCGAGGCUGACGAAGCUGACGCAGUUGCUUGCGAGUGCGCCAGUGGAGCAAGGCGCUGGGGGAUAUCUAGCGUCAUGGGGGUUAUCAAGUGUGAAGGCGCAACAGCGGCAGCUAGAGCAGUCGAUCAUUGCAUGGGAGGACGACGCAACCGUACCGAGAUGCCCCUUCUGCCAGCAGGAAUUCUCCCAGUACUCCUUCCGCCGACACCACUGCCGGCUCUGCGGCCGCGUCGUCUGCGGCGACCCUCGCACCGGCUGCUCCAGCGAAGUCGGCCUGAACGUAGCCGCACAAAAGCCCCGCCAGCUCGCCCUCGAUAUCCGCAUGUGCCGCGACUGCAAGCAUACCCUCUUCUCCAAGAGCGACUUCGCCCGCGAAUUGGCCCAGAAACCACCGGUCCAGCGCGCCUACGAAAACCUCCAGCAAUUUGAACGGGGCAUCCGCCUUCUGAUGCCCAAGUUCCAGCGCUUGCUCAUUACGCUGCAGGAUCCUGAUCGCCCGCCCUCUUCGCAGCAGCUGCAAGACGCGACGAAGACGAGAAAGCGGCUCAUGGAUGCAUUCGCGCAGUACGAUACUGCGGCUCGCCGGAUCAGGGAUCUUCCGACCGAAUCGGCCGUGCAGCAGAAACUGCAGAAGGCCGUGUAUACGCAGGCCUAUAAUUUCUUGAGCUUGCACAUGCUGCCGCUGAAGGCUUUGCCCAAGAUCCUGAAGCACGCAGCUCCCAACGGCGCGGUAAAAAGCCAGCUCCUGAACGGGCGCCCCUCCUUAGCAGCCAUCAAGCAGCUCAACGGCGACUCGGGCAGCGUAAUCAGUUCCUCAGCGUCAGUCUCGCAGAUGGAGGCCGAGGAGAAGGAACUGAGAGAGCGGCUAAUCGUGCUGGAGGAGCAGAAGUUCUUCGUGCAGGAGAUGCUUGCGGAUGCGACGAGGCAUCGACGGUUCGAUGAGGUUAAGGCGUUGAGUGGGAAUGUUGAGGACUUGAGUAGGGAGAUUGAUCAGAUCAAUGGGCAGUUGGGGCAGUUGGACUUUGCGGCUGCUUAUGCGGGAGGUUGA